AUGGACCAAAUUGAACAGAUCAAGGCCAAGUGGCCCGUCGUUCUUGACGAGCUCAAGGGAUACUUGGACCACGCCAAACAGGUGGGCCAUCCCACCCGCGUUUUCGAACACGGAAAGGCCAUCUUGGAAGGGGUCAAGAAACAUGGAGUGAUACAAGAGUACACCACCAGAGUGGAAAUAACCCCGUUGGAUGCCAAGUUGGCGUUGGGCGCCUACGUUGCCGCAGGAACUCUCUUGGUGUUUGGCACCUUGUACUCAUUAUACUCGGUGUUGUCGGGUCCUCCCACCAAGACCAAGAAGAAGGCCAAGAAGCGGUUGACCAAGGCCCAGAAGGCCAACAAGUUCAUCCAGGAGAUCUUGGACAACGUGGAGAGUACCUUCGUGCCGGAAAUCGACGAGUACAUCGAAAACUACCAGAGUUUGAAGUCUGAGGACGUGCAGUACAAGUACAACUACUUCAACGAAAUGCUCUUGAAAGAAAUCAUGAAGUUGGACGGGGUCGAAGUUGGUGACAACGAAGUGUUGAGAACAAACAGAAAGAAGGUGAUCAAGUUCAUCCAGGACCACCAGAAGCGCUUGGAUAAAUUCAAGAAGGAAGUCAAGUUCUAG